GGCGGCGGCGGUGUUGCUGCUGCUGGUGGUGCGUGCGCGCGCGGUGCUGCCUUAACGGCGUAUCGGUGCGGACGGUGGCUUUAGACUCGAAGCUGCGGAAGAAGAGCCGCGAGCUCGGCCGUGUUCCGAUGGCCUGAUACAUAUUUGCGGAACGCAUUCAUGAAGCUCCACUGCCCUGACUCGUCGAUGGGCGUGCGGGGGUGACUGGAGUGAUGGGAUGGGGCCAGAGCCCCAUGGAGUUCGGGUAGACCCGUCUCCGGCCCAGCUCCCCAGCCCCCUCCGCCAUCGAUAUCGACACCGCUCCUGCCAGCGACGCAGAGGGCCGCCUCGCGCGCGAUCGCGAUGGAGGCCUCUAGCAAUCAACAACAGAAAGAGAAGGAGCCACGUAUUCACAGGCCUUACGCCUUCGACAAGAUGGAGGGGCUGGUGCGGGAGAUGCAAGACCCUGAGAGCGGGGUACCCGUGCGCAGCCAAAAACAAUUUCUCACCUCAAUCCCUUCAGCGUUCAUGGGUGAGUGCCAUCGGUACCUGCGUUGUGGAGUAAGCGUAAGCGGCCAUCACGGCCAGGACACUACAGUAGGCUGCCUGCGUGUUGCAGGUUACGACCUCAUCGAGUGGCUGAUGGAGCGGCUUGCCAUCGAAGAAUCAGUAGAGGCGGUCCAUAUUGCUAAUCAACUAUGCCAGUAUGGCUACUUCUUCCCAGUGAAUGACUCCAAGACACUCACUGUAAAGGACGAUAGCUCUCUGUAUAGAUUUCAGACACCCUAUUAUUGGCCGUGGCAACACAGAACCCCUGACAAUGUCGAGUACGCGAUCUAUCUGGCUAAACGAACCCUGAAGAACAAACAACGUCACGCUCUCGAGGACUAUGAGAUCGAAGCUUUGAACAGCCUGCGCAAGAACUUGCAGAACAAAUGGGACAUAAUACAACUACAGGCAGAAGAGCAGGCUCAGGUACGCCUAUCCAAGGAGCGCAAAAAGGGGGACAAGAUAGUGAGCGACUCGCAGGAGCGAGCAUUUUGGAGGGUAUAUCGGCCGCCGCCCGGUUGUCUCAGUAGCCUGGAAGUCGUGCCUGUACCUACUCGCUUUCGUCCCGGACUUCCACGACCACCGUCACGCAAACGCACCCUCGCCGAUUUGCAACGUGAGGUGGACCUUUUACGGAACAGUUUGACACGCACGAGGAUAAAGGUUUCGACUGCGAUCGAAAAUUUGAAAUCAUACUUCAACACGUACGUGGAAUACGACCCGAUGUUCGUACAGCCGCAACCUUCCAAUCCAUGGAUCACCGACGAUCACACGUUUUGGCAAACGAAUAGUCCUUUAGUGGAAGUUCCUACGGAGAAGCGUGUUAAGCGAUGGGCACUGUCGAUGGAAGAACUUAUGUCUGAUCCUACAGGUUUACAAGAAUUUACAAGUUAUUUAAGAAAGGAGUACAGCCACGAAAAUAUAAGAUUUUGGCUGGCGGUCAAAGAUCUCAGGCAUAGUUUCCAAGCACAAAUACCUGACAAAGUCAACGAAAUUUUUAGAGAAUUCCUGGCGCCUGGAGCUCCCUGCGAAAUCAACAUAGACGGGAAAACGAUGGAGAAGGUUCAUCAGGAGAUGAAAAAUCCGAGCAGAUUUACGUUUGAUUCCGCCGCGGAGCAUGUAUAUACGUUACUCCUCAAGAAGGACUGCUAUCCUAGAUUUAUUCGUUCCGAUCAAUAUCGUAAUCUCUUAGCCGCUGGCGUGCAACCUCUACAAAAGAAGAGAUUUUUCGGCUUCGGCGGCCAAGCUAAGAAGAAAGUUUCCUCCACUUCGACACCGACGUCUAGCACUUUGCAGCACGCUAGUAUAGGUAGCAGCGGCGGAAGCGGCGGCGGUGGCGGCGGUGCCGGUAGACGAAGAGGAAGCGACCGGAGCCUAUCCGGAAGUGCUCACGAGCUAACCGUCUGCGGUGUCCGCGACGCAUCCUCCGCGCCGCGAGUGCCGCACUCACACAGCCAAUCGAACCUCACCGACAUUCCAUACAGGGGAGAUCUACCACGACUCAUAAAGAUGCCUUCGAGGCCUAGUCCACGUAGUAUUCAGGAUGCUGGCGCGACGGAAGUAGCGGUUCGCCCUAUGGACGACGUGUGCCCGUGGGAGUCCGUGCCAGGCCCGAGCACCGAGCACGGUGCGGCGGAUGCCGCUCCCUCUGGAGUGACAGCGUCAGCUGAUCAGGCCCGACACGUGUGGGACAGCGGCGGUCACGCGACCAUUCAUACCGCCGAGGCAACGCGCGCCUCUCGCAAGAACUCGGCGCAGCUGGACUCGUGCAGCUCGUCGUCGGACGUCAGCCUCGCCAUCGCGGAGGUCUCCGAACGGCUGCGCAAGUCGUGUAGCUUGCAACAUAGCGGUAGCAUAGGUACAGCGACUUCGGGCCCCGGCAUGAUAACGCGAAAUUAUUCCACCUGUUCGGCGAGCGGCCGUAUCAGACUAUCGGAGAUGAAUCGCGUGUCCGUGUCGUCUUGCAAUUAUCCGUCGCCCCAGCAGUCAUUCGAGUACUCCCACGUGGUCGUCGAGAAGGUGGAAGAGAGAUCGUCUCUUGAAAAAAUUGUGCCCGAGGAGGAGACAUCCGCGGAAUCCGUCGUCGUUAAAGAAAGCCAGCCGAGUCCCAAGACGAGCGCGAAGGCGCCUCUCAUCAGCAUUAGCGCGAUCGUGGGCGAUUUGCCGAGCGACAACUCCACGAUGGAGAACAUCGACGAAGACGCGAGCGAGAGCUGCACGGCGAGGGACGCGGGGGAGAUCGUCGUCGAGGAGAGAACGAGGGACGAAGCCGACUCGCGGGCCGACACCGGGGCGGACGUGUCGCCGGUGGCCGAGGAGGAACCGGUGACGACCGAGGAGCCGCCGGACGAGGCGCAGGUCGUACCUGUCUGGGAACCGGACGCCCAACAGGAAGACCGACCGGCGACGGCGCAGGCGGCGCCUCGGGAGAAGCGUGACAAUAAUGUUAACGAAGUAUGCCCGUGGGAGGACGAGGAAAACUGUAGAGUGGAUGCGCCCUAUGUAAAAACCUAUGCGACUUUAGGUUACCUGUAAUUUUUGUCGUGUUGAUAUUUAAAAAAAAAAAAGUAUCUUUGCAUUUUACAUUUACAACAGUCACACAAAUUCGAUUUCGAUUUUCACUUUGAUCCACUUUACCGACCUCGCGUGUUCAGACCGUUACCCGGCGAAGUUUCGAUCACUGCAUUAUUUAAAAGAUACAUUUUUUGAUUGGAAUAAAGCUUGCGAAAGCGUUGCAGAAUCUGAUCAAACGAGCGCAAUCAAAUGCUACGGAUAAAUCCACGAUAUCGCGUCGAAAAUGACGGUGUCUGGGCGCAAAAUAAAGGAUCGCGAGCAAUUUGCUCGAUAGAAUCGAUAUUUCGUCGUCGAAAAUAUACGUCGGCAUCUAGUCGCUAUUAAUAUCUACACGUAUGGCCUAACGAUCCGUAAUUCAACGAUCCGAUUUGUUUGCUCGGAGUGACAAGGAUUCAAAACGUAUGGAUCCAUUUAAAUCUCUUUCGUCUCUUUCCUGACUUGUAUUAAACCAUUACUAUUUACCAUCCUUAGUAUACGCGUGCCAUAUUAGGAAAUACGCAAAAAUAAUUUGUGAAAACGUUAAAGAGACGGGCGCUGUUGUUUAUAGAGACAUUAGAGUGUACUCUCUAACGUUGUUCGUAGAUGACCGUAGUUUAACGUAGACCGGAAACGUAGAGGAUGUAGAGGAUGUGAGAUACAAGUAGAUAGACGUGGUAGAUCGUGUCACACUCUCUGUGUUGAGUAAACGUUCAAUGACAACGUUCCCAGACAGGGAUAAUUAAAUUAAUGAGUAAAUUCGUGCGCGCGAAUUGGGAACUCGUUAUUCUCGUUUCGAUCCAGUAUCUCGCGCAAACGCGCGCUCGUAGGGUGCUAGCCAAAUCUGAGCCCUUUGGCCGCUCUCCAUGGUCGUGCUUUUCCCGGAUACUUCACUUCUUCGCGAAUCACGCGUUCGCGAAACGUUACGUUUCGAUAUAUGUCCCGUUAUGCGUUACAGUAAAAUCCAGGUCCCCAAUUGAUCGGAAUUUGAUUAACGAAGAUAUCGCGAAGAUAUAUACAUAUAAUAUUUUUAAAAAAAUAUAAAUAUUUUGCCAAUAUUGCAUCCCAACGCGUGACGCGCAAUCAUAAUUUAAGCGCAUCGAUGUGCACGUUUUUUCGUCUUACUUAUUGUUAGAGUAAUCGCUUAGAAUUUAGCGUGUCUUACAUUGUGUCUUACGACCGUUCGAUAUUAACUAUUGACAAAUUAUCGUGACCUGAUAUAUCGUAAGUGUCUAAUUACAAAUAUUUCGUGUUAUAGUACACACGCCGCUUUAUCGUAAUCGCUUUGUCGAAUUAAUUAACCGAUAAUAGUCGACGGCGAUUACGAUGAUGUUACACGGCGUUUCACUCGUUGAUCCUCGCUUGAGCGAAUCGCGCUCGCGAAUUAAUGACAGAAAAUAUAUAAAAGAAUAAAAAAUAUCCAUACGAAUUCAGAAUAGCGUGUUAAAGUAUUAAUAUGUGUUAAAUUAUUGGAAUGUUCGUUUUGCUGUCGAAUCUCCGCUCCUGUUACUGCCCCAGGAACUUUGAUUCGACGCUACAAAUUGAAAGAGAGAGCCAUUUAAAAAUUGCAUAAAUUGUGCUCCUAACUGUAUUAACCUCGGUGUUUUUUCGUGUCUAGUUUUAAAUUUAGAAUGAAAUAAUUAUUACACUAAUUACUGGCAAUACGCGUUUGUCUCACGUUCAAUUGCGAACUUCAUGACGAUUCUGAGGGCCGAUUGCUCGUUUUCUCCAAUGAAAAAAAAAUAGGUAAUUUAGCUAAUGGAAACGAAGAAUGAUCGCCUAAUUAUGCCGCGUUUUACAAAAAGAGAUGGUAGAAAGUAGAGCGAUGGAUUUUAAUAUGCUUGCUAAGUUUUUUUACCGAAUAUUGAAUUUUUAGAUUUCACUUUAUUUCGAGAUACAAGUUUCUCGAUUACCAAACAUUUGUAUUUUUUUUUUUUUUCUACGCACAAUACCGAGUGCGUGCACGCAAAAGCGAAGUACGACUGGUCUGAACACGCGAGCGUAAUCAUAAGGAUUCUAAAAGUAUUCACGACGAUCGUACUGUUAAUUCAGCAGCUCAACUUAAGUAUCGUAACGUUCUUAUGAUAGGUUAGCCGAUAAUAAGAUUUAGAGUAACAGGUCCCGCCGUGGUGAUAGAGGGAAAUGAAAAUGAUAUACUUACUACCGUACGAUUUCGUUCGCAAUCAUAGCGGAUAAUGGUAUACCGAACUACCUUUUCGAAAAUUCGCCCGCGUAAUUUUCUUGUACGAGUCGAUAAAAAAAUUGCACUAUGGUCAAAUCCGUGAGAGGACUCACGCAGAGGACUCCGGGGAAAAAACUCGGAUGUGUGCUGGAG